AUGUCAGACUCGCUGCUCAACCACUCCUGGCCGUCGUUUUCCAAGCGCUGGAAGAAGAGAUGGUCCUUUAAGCGAGGGUCUGACUGCAAGCCAUGUUUACGGGAAUUCACUGAUCACCGCGCUCCUGCUUUGGAGUAUCCCACCCCCAAAAGCUUCCUCCCAUCCCUGAUUGCUGAGGAUGACUCCUCCUGCACCAGCAUGGCUGAAGAGAAGGAGGACUCCUCUUCCACAGAGCUGGAUGUGCCAGCAGCAGACCUGCACAGCAGCACGGAGGAUCUCCUCUCAGACUCCGCUCUCCACGGCACUGAGUAUUACAAAGACCUGGGGCUCCUGAGCCUGCCCGUUGCCAAAACAGCUCCAGAGACGGCACCACAGCCAGAAGAAGGACCCCAGGCCGUGCCUGCUGUUUGCUUAUUGGAAGAGAGACCAGGAACUCUGAGCAAGCUGUCCGUGGAUGUUGCUUUCUCCAAGCCCGUUUCCUGCGUGAUGCGUUACGGCCAGGCCGACUGCCGCUUUCUCCACAAAGGCCACGUGUGCCCCUGUGCAGCAGGGCCAGGAGAUGGGACCAGCACCCCUGAGCGUCCUGCAGAGGCAGACAAGGAGCUGGACCUGCAGGAGGCCCAGGAUUCCUUCCCCACGCUGGUGAGAUCCAUGUCCACAUCUCGGAGGCACAGCUGGGAGAGCCCUUUGUCACCCGUGGGCUGCAAGCGCAGGUUCAGCCUGGAUGUCACAGAGAUGGGCAGCGACCCCGAGCAGGAGGAUGUGGAGAAGAGGAGCCAGCCCUGCCCGCAGCCUCACGUGUCCCUUGAGCUGCCCAAAGCGGGGCUGGGAGCCUGGAGCAGCAGCAGGGCUGGCACAGUGAUCAAAGUGGAGAUAGAGCCGCUGCUCCCCAAGCUCACGGUGGGCCUCGGCCUGCAGGAGGUGAAAUGUGUCGGCAGUGGGAAGAGACUGAGGUCCAAGUCUGUCCCAGCAGCCUGUGAGACCGCUGCCUCCCCUCAGAUACCUCUCAGCUUCAACACUUCUCUUGCAGUUGUGGAAGGUGUUGAGCCCCCUGCUCUGGAGGUGCUGGAGAAGGACCACGUGUCCCCAGACCAUGUCUUAAAUGUCCAGAAGGUUCUUCAGGAGCUGAAACAUUACCAUGGGGCAAAGCAGAGAGCUUGUGUGCAAGAAGGCAGCGACUCUUCCCAGCAGAACAUCACUUGGUUUGAGUUCCUGUCUAACGAAAAUGAGGAGAGUGGGAAGAGCGAUAAAGCAGAGAAAGGCACGAAGGUGAUGCGACGCCUGAGCUCCCUGCGGAGCCGAGUCACCGGGUCCUGGCAGAAGGAUAAGGGUAAGAACAAAGAGCAGCCAAAGGAGAGAGAGAAGGAGAAAGACACAAAGGAGCCAAAAGAGAGGUGGAAAGAGAUCAAUGGGCACCAGCUUGUGCCAGGGGUUUUCUCCAGUUGCACCAGCUGCUCACUGUGUGCCAAACCUCUUUUGAAUAAAAGUGGUCUGCAGUGCCUGAAUUGUGCAGUGAAUGUCCAUAAGAACUGCAGGAACUUGCUGGCUGAAUGCAGCAGCAUCAGACCCAAGCAGAAAGAUCUGCAGCACAGACCUUCUGGAUCUCCACAGAGUUCGCCCCAGUGCAUUUCCCCAGCCACUUCCCUGAAGGAGCAGCCCCGAAGUCUCCUCCUGGGAGCGGAUGGCACCCCAGCGCUGUCCCGGAACCUCGGCAUGACUAUCGCCCAGAGAGGCAACUCUCAGGCUUCACUGAACGCUGCCGGAGCCGUCAGUAAAUUUGGACUGAUUUCAGGAGACAUGGAUGAAGGGGAUUCAGGCUUUAUAAAAUUUAAGCAGACUUCAGAUGACGUUGUCUCGCUUGCACCUUCAACAGCAGACUCCUUUUUUCUGGAAGAUGCAUAUUCUGUGUCCCUCCGGAGUGAGAUAGAAACAGAUGCUCAUGAGUUUGAGGCAGAGUCCUGGAGUGUUGCAGUGGAACAAGCCUAUGCAAAUAGACACAAAAACGUUAAAAAAAGGCAAGAUGUCAUUUAUGAGCUGAUGCAAACUGAAACGCACCAUGUCAGGACACUGAAAAUCAUGCUGAAGGUGUACUCCAAAGCCAUGAGAGAGGAGCUGCAGUUCCCAAAUGCCGUGAUCAACAAGCUCUUCCCCUGUGUGGAUGAGCUGCUGGAGAUGCACGGGCAGUUCCUGCUCCAGCUGAAGGAGCGACGGAAGGAAUCCCUGGAAGAAGGCAGUGACCGGAAUUACAUCAUCCAGAACAUUGGAGACCUCUUGGUAAAACAGUUUUCAGGUGAAAACGGGGAGAGAAUGAAGGAAAAAUACGGUGUGUUCUGCUGUGGACACAAUGAAGCUGUCGGUCAUUAUAAAGACCUGCUCCAAAGCAAUAAGAAGUUCCAAAACUUAAUAAAGAAAAUUGGGAACUGUCCCAUCGUGAGGAGACUCGGUGUGCAGGAGUGCAUCCUCCUGGUGACCCAGCGCAUCACCAAGUACCCGGUGCUGGUGGAGAGGAUCAUUCAGAACACAGAAGCUGGAACGAGAGAUUACGAAGAGCUGACCCAGGCCCUUAGUUUAAUUAAGGACACCAUCAGCCAUGUAGAUGCCAUGGUAAAUGAGUGUGAGAAGGGGCAGCGACUGAAGGAGAUUAUGCACAAAAUGGAGGUGAAAUCAUCCGGGAAAUGCAAGAAUGGGCUUUUAUUCCGGAAGGAUGACAUGGGACAGAGGAGGCUCCUGCUGGAUGGGAUGCUGUACUGGAAAGCUGCAUCAGGGAGACUCAAAGAUAUUCUGGCAGUUCUGCUAACUGAUGUACUGUUGCUCUUACAAGAGAAGGACCAAAAAUACACCUUUGCAUCAGUGGACUCCAAACCACCAGUUAUCUCACUGCAAAAGCUGAUUGUGAGAGAGGUGGCUAACGAGGAAAAGGCAAUGUUUUUAAUUAGUGCUUCCUUAAAAGGACCAGAAAUGUAUGAAAUUCACACCAGCUCCAAAGAGGAGAGGAAUUCCUGGAUGGCACACAUCCGCAGGGCUGUGGAAAGCUGUCCUGAUGAAGAAGGAGGGACAUUUAAUGAACCUGAAGCAGAGAGGAGGAUGGCUGAAGCGAGAGCUGCGAAGUUAAAAGAUUUCCAAGAGCGUUUGAACAUGAAAGACGAGCUGAUCCUGCAAAGUCUGACUGAGAAGCAGCAGAUUUAUGCAGAGAUGUCUGAAAUGAAUGGCUUUGAAGACCAUUCCCAAGGAUCCCGAGCUCGGCUGCUUUUCCGGGGGGAGGUCUCAGAAAACCUGCAGGGAGAGGCGAUUUUGAAGUCUGCAGUGACUGAAGCUGAAAACCUGCAGGACCUUAUCUUCACUCACUUUGGCAGUGGAUCCUGUCAGCCUGAGGAUGGCUCUGGCUCAGGACUCCCCAGGAGGGCAGAGACCUUUGGAGGAUAUGACAGCAGUCCCUCAGUCUCAAGUAAAAGUGGGAGGAAGAACAGUGGUGGUGAACAGAGACAGUGGGACUGGAGAGGCCCUGCAGCAGGUUCAGAUGUGCAAGUCCAUGACCUCUCUUCUGAUGCAGAAGAAGGAUCUCAAGCCAGUGAUGGAGUGAGGCUGGAUGAGAGCAGUGGUUUGCAGCCCACCAUAGAGUCUCAGCUUGUGCAGAGGAUACAAACACUGUUACAGUUGCUCUUCAGCCUUCAGGCGGUGAUAUCCCAGCAGGACAGUUACAUUGAGGUGCAGAGAGCCACCGCCACCAUGGCAGAAAAGCAAUACCGCCUGCAGUCCACCCGAGGGAAUCUGCUGCUGGAGCAGGAGAAACAGAGGAACUUGGAAAAGCAGAGGGAGGAACUGAUGAAUGUCCAGAAGCUUCAGAACCAGCUGAAGCUGGAGCAGCAGCGCCUGGAGCGGGAAAGGAGUCGGCAGCAGAGGGAGUUUGAAAUCAGGGAAGCUCGGCUGCAGGAGCGCGAGGAGGAGGCUCGGCAGAAGUUGGAGAAGGUGAAUCAGGACAGGGAAGAGCUGGACAGGCAGCAAGAGGCCUAUCAGCACAACCUGGAGAGGCUGAGGGAAGCCCAGAGAGCAGUGGAGAAGGAGAGGGAGCGUCUGGAUCAGCUGAGGAAGCUGAAGAAGCAGAACACGGUGUCAGGCACCUUCUCCCCAGAAAUGGGCCAGAGCCAGAUGCUGAGUCAUUCCAUCAGCUUCAACGGGGAAGGGCUGGAUCCCUGUCCAGCUGUGCCCAAAUCCUCGGUGAGAGUGAGCGUGGCCGGGCUGGAUUACCUGGAGCGGCCGGACUUGGUGCGCAGGGACAGCACCACCCUGGAGAACAGGCCCGCUCUGGCCCUCAAGAACGAAGUGCCAAUACAUCUGCUGAGUGCUACCAACCAGAUCCAGAAACCUGCUGCAGUCCAGCAGCAGAUCCCUACCAAGCUGGCCACCUUCACCAAAGGAAGCAAGGAGAAAGGUGGGAAGAGCAAAGCGUCUCACAGGACGGACAGUUCAGCAUCUGUUGAUCAGAAGCAGCUGCUUCCCCCCAGGCUUGUUGCACGAGAGGAGGGAGUCCUGAGAGGCAGGCGGUCAGCGAGCCCAGUCCUCCCGAGCGGCCAGACCACUGCAUUCCAGCCAGAAUUGUAUGGCCCCACAGAUGCUCAGCCAGAAGCACUUUCACCUGCCUCAGCGAACCUAUUCAAGCCCAAUAACGUUCAGGUUCAGACCUUGGUGACCUCUCAGCCGAGCCUGUUGAAUGUGCAAGAUGAUACCAGCAAAGAAGAUGUCAUUUUCUUCUAGUUGUUUCCAUUUGAAGAUGAAUCUCCUGACACACUGUUUCAAGAACUCAGGCCCCAGUGUGCACCGUGAUGGAGACCCGACCCAUCUUCUCAUCCCUGCCCAGUUACUACGAGCAAGGACCAGACCAGGAUUAACUGUCCUGCCUUGCUGGCUUUUCUGCCAGCAGCUCAGAAUGAGGGCACAGUAGUAACAACUUGCUUUCAAAUUCUCCAGUACAUGGAAAUGUAUUGACCCAUGGCAUAGGUAUAGCAGUUCAGAGCACGGUAAAAAAAAAAAGGCUGCCAUUUGUUGCAACGUGCUCUUCUUGGAGAAUGUGCACUCUUUGUGGGCACCACCUUGUAAAUGGCUGUCGGUGAUGCUGAACCUCACAGGUUUUUAUGGAAAAAAAAUGGUAGUGGUAGGCCCCAGAACGGCUGCAAAUUUUGAAAUCUGUUUUCCCAGGUCCAGGUGCAGGUCCAGGCCAGUACUGGGUUGUUGGUAAUUAGGUGACAGUGAGCCAGUGUCCUUCCAGCCACGUGUGCCGGGCACUGUGAGCCCAGGGGCCCCAGCCCAGUGGCCAGGAGCGGUGGAAGAGAACAGUGGAAGAGAAAGGUGAGCUUCUGACAGCGCCUUCAGGGCAGGAGCUCCAUCUGCUUGUGGAGGAGGAGGGUUGGACGUGUGAGGAUUCACAGCAGUGGUGAAGAGUUGGACUGAGUGCACAUUUCAUGGCUGGGAUCUGUGUCUGUGCUGGUGAGAGCAGUGCAGGUACCCAGGCAGCACUCAUGGCUCGGUUCAGAAUGAACUCAGAGACUUGGACUUUGCUCUUUGCUGAAGACAUGUCUAAGAAGCUUCUGAAUGCAGUAAUUUAUUGUCUUGUUUAAUCCUGUUUUCUGCAUCUUUUGUUUGUCUGUUAAUUUGUUGGGACUUUACUCCCAGUACCAGAAGAUAUCAAAGCUGCUGUUACUGCAGAGACCUCUCUGCAGCAUUGUGUUAGGAAUGAAGGGAAUAAGAACUGUUUGGUUUUAAAAUUUAAAUAAUAAUAAUAAUAAUAAAAAUACUCUUAGCUAAACCUGUGUUUAGCUGCUUUCAGCUAAACCAGCUUUGAUACCUCUUGUUAAAUGGGUCAGUUCUUGAUCAUGGGAUGGUGAUGACAAGUAAGUGUUCUGCUGAAAAGGCAUUAUUUCCCUUUGUAGUGAUUUGCACAGUUGUUUUGUGUUGUAUUUUUCACUCUGUAUCUCAGAUCCCUUUUUACACACCUCAGCCAGGGAUGUGCAUUCUGGGAUAUGUUGAAUGUGACUGGUCAGAUUUAUGAUGCACAGGAGAGAUUGUUUAGGGGUAUUGUUACAGAAUUAAAGAAAUCAGGAUCUCAGAGCUUAAAAACUUGGAUGAAUACCUUUCUGAGCAUGAUUGAUAAUAGUUAUUUUUAUAUCUUUUAACUCUGAUUUAAAGUGAUUUUGGCAGCAGUGGAUGGAAGGCCUGGUCAGUUCUCCAUCCAUGGCAAUGGAUCCAGUGGAAUUUGCAGGCUCCUCAAAUCACUGAGCUGUCUCUGGGUAGGCCCUGUGUGCUGACAGUAAUGUCUUUAAGGCUGUAACUUCACUUUGCUUGAGAGUUUUAAAAUUACUGCAGUAGUUACGGUGCAAGAAACAUUACAGAUUUUCAGCAGAAAACACAGGGUUUAUUUUCAAGUGGUGAUGAUUUGGGUUGUUGUCUUCGAACGAGAAAUAGAAAAACCUAAAUUUACUGAUCGGGGGAAAAGAAAAGCCACAAAAUAGUGACUUGGGCUUGGGGACAAGCACUCCUGCUGGAACACUUGCUGGAUUUAAGUGUUGUUUUCUUUACUGGUGCAAACCUGAGGCAAUGGCACUGAGUUCAGUGAGAGGAAAUUCAGAACCUCGUGGCUCAGGGGAUGCUCCCCCAGCCUCCAGCAAAGCAGUGCUGUGAAAGUGGACACACUUUGCUGGGAAGGACUGCUCGGUGGAUCAGCAGCUCUGCACAAUUUACACGUGGUGAUUUCUGUGUUGCUGUGAUACAGUGUUGGUUAGGACAUAAUUCUACCCUAUAUUCAGUUUCCUGUUCCUGAAAGUUAGGUUGGAAGGGAGGGGAAUUCUUAAAAUCAAGCCAGCAGUGUGAGAUCCGACAACCCAGUCACACCUCUGCUCCCCUGGAAUUGCUCCCAGUGAAAACUCAGAGCCCCCUUUGCCUUAAAUCCACCAGGGUUUUAGGAGUUUUAACCUAAAAGCUGAGUUUAUCCGUGGAAUAAACCACCUCAGCCAAAAAGGGAUGUCAGUUCAGGUGUUUGGAAACAAUUUUUGAAAACAUUUCUUUAGUUUAAUUUUGUGCCUGUCCUGAAAGUGUGGCUGGAGCAGCUCAUUGGCUGCUUUCUACUUCUGUGCAAUGGAUGGAUUUGAAUAUAGAACAGUGACAGCUGGAGAGUAAAGUCUGCAGUGAGGUCUCAUUGCUUUUAAUGUUUUAACUUAAACAUAAUUAUAUUAAUACUCAUUAUCAGCAGUACUUUGAAUAAGUUUUGGCUGUUAAUAAAUAGACCCAGCCCCAUGACAGGCCAGGCUGUUUUUCAACCCCAAAAAGCCCCUUGGAAUAUGGGUCUUCAAUCUGAAAUAGAGAAAAAUUACCUUAAAAGUAAUUUUCUGACCUCAGUCCACGUGUCUGGCUGCAGUUGGCUUCGUGAAACCUGUUUUCACCCAGAAGCAUCUUGGAGACAGCAUCUUCUCUCACGUGGGUGUGGAUCAUGGGUCUUGGUGUGGCUUAGCCAAGGUUCUGGAAUGAGCAGGUGCUGAGAUAGCUCAUUGUUAGUGCAGGGUCACCCCACCAGAGCAUGGGCAGGUGAUUCCUGGAAGGCUGAGGGAAGCAAGUGAAUUGUUUUCUUUGAAUGAAUCAAGGGCCUCUUCACUUGUGCAAAACUGAAUCUGUGAAAUUGUUAUCAAACCACUCCAGCUGAGUGAACUUGGUUUGGACUCUGUGCUCAAAUCUCGGUCCUAGGAAAAGUAACUCUUCUAGGCAAGUCAGUUUGCAAAAAUACUGCUGUGUCCUGGGCUAAGUAACCUGCUCCUGGUUCUGAGUCACAUCCUUUCCAUUGGACUUCUCGAUCACUUCAGAUGAAAGUUUCCUUUUUAAGCGAUUUCUGAGGAUUGGACAGUUCAGAAUUCUGUGCCUCCCAGGUGCCUUUUGGCUCCUCCCUGAGAUGGGGUGUGGAGGAAACGCCAGCCCGAGCUUUGAACUGCCCCCGUGUUUGCUUGGUGUCACAGCCUUAAAAUUAGCAGCAUGUUUGUCCUUGCAAUAUUGUGCUGUUGCAGCGUGGAGGCCGUUCCCGUGGUUCUGAUUUCAGUUUGGAUGCUGGUGUAAAGGAGGCUUCCUCUUUUUUUUUCCUUCCCACCUGGAAUGUGGAUUCCUGAGGAUCCCUCCGUGCUGAGCACGCCUGCCCUGUGUGUGUGUUGUGAAAGCUCCCCCAGUUUUGACCUGUGCUGUCUGUGGAUUGUAGCUGUGGCCUGUCCCACCAAUUGACAUCACUCAUCGCAGAAGAAUUGGUAUCCCUAGAGGCGCUUUGCUCCCCCAGGUCCUCGCAUUCCUACCCAGUUAGGAGUCACUUCUAAAUCAUUAGCAGGCAGUUUUUGUCUUGCUGAGUAAUAGUCAGAUGAUCCUGCAUUACAUGGAGCUUGGUGUUCGUCAUUUGCAUUUAUGAUGAAAGCUGAAACUUAAACUAGGAAAGGGUUAAAAGUCCACGUUUUGUUCCUCUCCUCACUCUGCGGAUUGGGAGCUGCGGCUCCCCGGUGCUCCCCUGUGUGUUGUGCCCCCGGUGCAAGGGAAUUUGGAGAUUUUGUUGUCUUCCCCAGCAGUUCUCACAUCUACAAGGAAACAAAUCUCGUUGCCAGGUUCACACACACGUGCUGUAGGUAAAGCCAAGCCUCUCCCCUGCUCUCCUGCUCUGAGACCAGACCCGACAUCUCCGAAACCACCCCGCGACUUCAUCGACUUCAUCGCUCCCCCUCAGCUCGUUCCUCCUCCUUGUGCGAGCUCUGGUUCAUAACAUUUGUGCCAUGUUUAUAAAUCAGUUUUUUAUAUUUUUGUACUGAGAGCAAUUGGAGCACUUUAGGAAAAAAGUUUUAUUUCAAAUUCCAUUUCUUUUUUUUUUUUUUUGUGCCCGGAAGGAAAAUAAACCUCUGGUGGACGUAGAUCCUGUUGGCAUUAACUGCGUGCAUCUCACUCGGAGCUGUGAACUCUUCUUGAUGCUCUUUUAGUCUUAGGUCUGGUUUCUAGGCCCACCUUGCACUGUAAAGAUUUAAUAAAUAAUCAUGGUCCAUGGUUAAAUUGACCAUUUUGUUGGGGAAGAGUUUGGUUUUGUUUUUUUGUUUUUUUUUUUGUUAGGGUGUAAACAUUGUAAAUAUUUCCUUUACUGUUGAUACUGCAGUAGCAACAUCUUUGUAGUCUUUAUUUUAUUUGUAAAGUCGAUGGUUAAAUGUUAAUAUUCUGUUGAAUUGUGCACUCUUGAUUAAUUGUAAACUUGAUCUUAGCACACCAAAUGAUGAUUUUUACAAUGAUUGCAAUGUUUCUCCACUGAAGGAUUUCAGAGCUGCAAUAGGACUGAAACCAACUUCUAGCAAUAAAAAAAAAAAGAACAUUUAAAAA